AGACCAAGGUUAGUCCAGCUCCCUGGUUGUAGGUUACCACUUUUAUGAAAAUGAUGCAUAAAACAAAAAGGGGUGCUGGUUUGUUUUUGUGUCUUGUAUUUCUUUACAUUGGCCAAACAUGUGGUAUAAGCCUCGAAAUGGUGCAAAGAGACAAGCUGCAUCGUAAGGAAAGGUCCGAGAACAUUCACACUGGGACAAUUACUUUCGGCACAGGGGAUAUUUCACUGGGUCGAAAUCUGGAAUAUGAGGGACGAUCUGUUGAAGAAAACACUGCAGACGAUGGCUCCGUUAACUUUCAAGCCGACGAUCCACAUUCUGGCCUGGUGGGUGGACAAAGCACCACUGAAGACUUUAAGGCUUGGCGUCGUAUGCAACCAAUUUUAUUAUGUACUAAUGACCUCAUGGAGUUAUCUGCACAAGGCCCUGGAUGUUCUUCACUCCAGUUAGACAGAGGUGGCACGCCUCUCUCACUAAGCAAGCUACCAGGAGACUGUGGCUACUCUGUGAAAAGGACUGCAGUGGGCCUUGUGUUUGUUGCCACAUUUAAUGGUUGUGAUGUUAUAAAACAGGGAAAUAGCCACUUGCUGCAGAUGUUGUGGCACAAAAAUCCAGUAAAACUCUCCUGCCCUGCAUCAAGCUCAGACCAAGUCACUCCAGCUCCAACUACAGAAGCACCUACCACAGCUUCUGGGCUUCCUCUACAGAAUCAAAAGUGGAUGCCCCCCUGCUUUGGAGGCUACUACCCUAUGUCUGAGGUGUCAGAGGGGACAUCAGUGACUCUGACCUACACUGCUGCUGCUCCCUGUCCCUCUCAGCCUCCUACCAUCACCUGGUCUCCUCCCACUGGGAACACACACUCACAUACAAGAUGA